UCUCAAUACUCUGUGUCUUCCUCUAGUUCUCUCAGACGGCAGCAGAAUGUCCUCAUCACAACAUUUGAUUUCUGGGGUGAUCAUUCUCUCCACUCUUUUGGGAGUGGAUGCAUUUAAUGGAUAUUACGAGUAUAAUGUGGUUCAGUGCCGCUUCAGCUCCGGGGACCUGAGUGAUAUGGAGUACAUUAGGUCUUACUGGUUUAACAAGGCUGAAUACAUACGGUUCAACAGCACUGUGGGGAAGCAUGUGGGAUACACUGCGUAUGGAGUGUAUAAUGCAGAGCUAAAGAACAACAAUUCAGCACUUCUGGCACAGGAACGGGGUGAGAAGGACAGAUACUGCAAAGGCAAUGCCCCGACUUUCAUCAAUGCCAUACUGACAAAGAAAGUUGAGCCAGAGGUGAGACUGACUAUGGGGAAGGCCUCCACUGGUGGUCAUCCUGCCAUGCUGGUGUGCAGCGCGUACGACUUCUACCCAAAGAUGAUCCGUGUGACCUGGCACAGAGAUGGCCGGGAGGUGACCGGUGAUGUGGUAUCUAGUGAGGAGCUGGCGGAUGGAGACUGGUACUACCAGACCCACUCCCACCUGGAGUUCACCCCCAAAGCUGGAGAGAAGAUCUCCUGUGUGGUGGAGCACGCCAGCCUCAGGGAGCCUCUGGAGAUCACCUGGGACCCCUCCAUGCCUGAACCUGAGAGGAAUAAGAUUGCCAUUGGAGCUGCAGCACUGGUGCUGGGGUUAAUCGUCACUGCUGCUGGGUUCAUCUACUACAAGACAAAGUCCAGAGGGCGGAUCUUGGUACCCAGUGGUUAGA